GGCGGAAUAGAUGCAGCCGAGGCGACGCUAAUGUUUUUCCUUUUAUUUUUAUCCGUGAAACUCAGCAUCCAGGCGAGCGUGCUUCCGUGCACACGUUAGCUAAAGUCUUCCACACGGAUGUGCAAGCUCUCUCGGAGCCGUGAGAUUCCACCUCGGAGCUGAUUUUAUAUUUCUUUGCCAGCGGAGCAUCACUGGAUAAUGAAGCGGCAGGCCGAACGCGACGCGAGUCCGUCCAGAACGCUCGCCAAACGCGUCCGCGAGCGCGACCGAGAGCGCGACCCGAACCCGCCGCUCGCGCUGCUGCUCGCCGAAAGCCGAAACUACCACAAGCGGAGCCGCAGUCGCGAGCGGGAGAAACCGCGGGUCCGCGAGGAGAGAGAGAGUCUGCAUCACCGGGCGCAUCACGAGCUCGGUCUGCUGGGACGGGCUCCCCUCAGAACCACAGCGGUCCUGCCCAAAGGUAAGACCCCAUCCGCUGAAACGGUGGGCGCACGCCUCGAAUACAAGACACUACUAAUAAGCAACCUCGGAUCUCAGCUCUCCGAUGAGCAUGUAGAGGACGGACUGUUUCAUGAGUUCAAAAAGUUUGGGGAUGUGAGCGUCAAGCUGUCCCACACACCAGAACUGGGUCGAAUUGCGUAUGUAAACUUCAGACACACGGAGCACGCGCGGGAAGCUCGUCAUGCCAAAACCAGGCUGGUGCUUUACGACCGUCCGCUGAAAGUGGAGCCCAUGUACAUGCGGCGGCGCAGCGUCACUCCCCCAGAUGUGAGCUAUGUGUCUCUGCACAGCGCCGCGUACACAUACAGACAGCGCUCCCUGUCUCCGGGGGCCGGGAGCAGCGCCCUGAGGGAAGUAAGGCCCAGGCAUUAUGUAGAGGGCAUGGCGCUCAGCAGGGACAGGGUUUUGGACUAUUACACAGCCCUGGAGGAGAGGACCCGUGCCUAUGCUUAUCAGCUUCCCGAGGAGGACUUAAAGCCAGAGGAUGAUCAGAGAGCCACACGGAAUCUGUUUAUCGGCAAUUUGGAUCAUAAUAUUACUGAGGUGGAACUACGGCAGGGCUUUGACAAGUACGGGAUUAUUGAGGAAGUGGUCAUCAAGCGGCCAGCACGUGGACAAGGAGGUGCUUAUGCUUUUCUUAAAUUUCAGAACUUGGAUAUGGCUCACCGGGCCAAAGUGGCCAUGCAGGGCCGUAUGAUUAAUGGCAACCCGAUUAAGAUCGGAUAUGGGAAAGCUAAUCCCACAACCCGGCUCUGGGUGGGCGGACUUGGUCCGAAUACAUCGCUGGCCGCUUUAGCACGUGAGUUUGACCGCUUUGGGAGUAUUCGCACCAUAGACUAUGUGAAAGGGGAUAAUUUUGCUUACAUUCAUUAUGAGAGCCUGGAUGCAGCGCAGGCUGCUUGUGCACAAAUGCGUGGCUUCCCUCUGGGCGGCCCGAGCCGCAGGCUGCGUGUGGAUUUUGCUAAAGCCGAGGAGACGAGAGCGUACCCCCAACAAUACCAGCCCCCUUUGCUUCCACCUCCACAUUAUGAUCUUCUCCCUGAAAGUUACGCACGCCACCGCAGCCUGGAGCGCGAGCUGAGAGCCAGGGCUCGCUCUCCCUCACACCCUCUCUUCGCGGAGCGAGAAAGAGACCGCCUCUCUGAACGGGACUGGAGUCCCCCAAAAGGACUAGAGCGAAGGGCAAACCCGGAGGCGUUUGGCCGGGUCAGACAGCGCAGCCGCAGUCGGAGCCGCAGCAGAGAGCGCUGGCUAAAAGAGCGAGACCUAGAGCGCGGCCUUGGGAAGAACUGGGAGGAGCGCCGCAAGCGAAGGAGCCUCAGCCCCAUAGAGCGUCCAGCAGAGGAGCGCGGGAGGUCUAAGCUCCGAGCAGGAGCGCCAUCCACUCCUGAAGACAGCCCAGACCGAGGCCGCGGCCGCCUGCCAGACUCCACCUCUGAACCCCUGGACCACACACCUGACAUCAGCAGACACUCCAGCGACGAGCGUCCCGCACACGACGAGCCUCCGCAUCAGAGGAAGGACGAGCGCGAUCGCAACCACCGCAAAAGCGAGACUGACCCUGACUCUCAAACAAGACAAAAACUCUAAGUAGAAAACCCUUUUUUGCUGCGUGGUUUUAAACACGUGUGAGUGUUCUGCUGAACACAAAAGAAGAUAUUUCGAAGAAUGCUGGUUGCCAGUGACUUUUAAACUAGGGGAAAUACUACGGAAGUAUCAGCAUUCUUCGAAACAUCUUUUGUGUUCAGCAGAAGAAAUAAAAUCGAUUUUAAACAAGUGAGGAGUAAGUGAAUCUUCAUUUUUGGUUGAGCUUUCUCUUUCCUGUUGUGCUGCACAUUCAGCAACGCGUCUUCCACACGUGUGUUUGUGACGUCUGUCUGUUUCACGGUUAUUUUCAUAGAGAUAUAUCAGGCUCAGCAUCAUAACUAAUCACAUCUACCUCUUUAGUCAUGUAACACGUGUCCGGUAUGUCUUACAAAAUGAAGAGCGUCUGGAAUAUGCAUCACUACCCAGAAGGUGCACGAUCGAAUACUGUACUAAUCCACACACUAAACAUUACGAACACUACAGCUGAGGGUUGUGUACACGUGAAUGUCUUGUUAAGCCUUCUCUGGUCUCCGACUGCCCUCCACUGAGUGACUUUAGUCAUUCGAACCCGAUGAUGAAUGCAGAUUUUGUACUCUGAAAUGUCCGUGAUCAUGUGUUAUUUGCAGAUUGGAGUCCUCCUGCCAACACUACAACACUUUGCACUGAGCUCUCGUCUUAUUCUCACGUUGUUUAUGGCUCUGUUUCAUCACUCCUCUUUUGUAUUCUGUUGUUUUAUAGUCCGUGCGCUAAACAUGUAUGACGUAUAUAUAAGAGUAAACAUUUCAUGUGCUUGUUUUUAAA